CUUUCUACAACCAUCAAAAUGUUCUUCAAGACCAUCCUCACUGCCGCUCUGGCCACCGCUGCCACGGCUCUUCCCCACUCCUUCAGCAACAACAUGGUUCGUCGCAACGGUACCUCUUCUGGCUCCGGCGGCGUCACCAUCUCCAACAACAUGAGCAACACUACCGUCUACGCGUGGUCUGUUUCUGAUAGAGUCAGUAACAUGCAUACCCUUUCUGCGGGCGGUGGUAGCUACUCCGAGUCCUGGCAAUCCAACGACAACGGUGGUGGUAUCUCCAUCAAGCUGUCCACCACUGAGAGCCAGUCCGAUGUCCUCCAGUUCGAGUACACUCAGGAUGGUGACACCAUCUACUGGGACAUGUCCUGCAUCAACCUCGGCAGUGACUCUGCUUUCACCAAGUACGGUUUCUCCGUCACUCCUUCCGAGGAGGGUGACAACUGCCCUUCUGUCAACUGCGAGGCUGGUGACACUGAGUGCGCUGAGGCCUACAACCAGCCCGAUGACAACGAGGCUACUCACGGCUGCCCCAUUGACACUCAGUUCACUCUUACUCUGGGUUAAACGGAUCCCUCAAUCAAGCAAUCAAUCAAUUGGGAUCUUAAAAAGAGAUGGAUGGAAUGGAGUUUUAUCUUUUUUGGAAUAUACCAUGGGUCGGAUGGGUUUUGGUUUUGAAAGUUCUCCUGUAUAGAUUGACUUGAUCUGCCUCCUGGAUGAGUUGCGCACAAGACAAAGCAGAACAACACAACACUCUCUUUCGUGAAUCACACCUACACCUUUUGGUGGAUUUCGCUUGCUGUGCUAUGCGGUUAUGUAUGUAGUGAUUUGAGAUCACAUGAAUUAUGCCUAUAGACUUGUUUGAUAGAAGAAAAAAAAAA